CAAUAUUUUAUUGGAAAACAAUGAAAUUGAGGAAAUAAUUUCUAAACUACCUAAUGAGAGCCAAUAUGCGUCUGAGACAGCUCACGCUGUAGCAACGUAUAUAGAAGUAGUUGAUGAAUCAAUUGCAACAGAAGAAGUACUUAAUGAUGAAGAGAUCAUUGCAAUGGUUCAAGCUGAGGAAAAUAAGGAGCCAAUUGGUGAAGACGAAGAUGAGGAUAGAGUGCCCGAUCCACCUGUAUCUGCUGCUGAAGUAUGCAAUGCGAUGCAAACCGUUAUUCAUUAUAAAGAACAGGAAAAUGCAGAGUCAAAUCUUACGCCAGUGGAAUUGGGAUUUUUAAGGAGGUUGCUCAAAAAAUAUAAGCACAUAUAUGAGAAAUCAAAAAAACAAACAAAAAUUACUAGUUUUUUUGAUUCUCAAGAUUUGUAUCUCCACAAUUCUAGUUUACAUUUACAUGAUCUAUACCCCAAGAAUCAUAUUUCCAAGACUAUUUCCAAGACUAUCCUCAAGACUAUUCCCAAGACUAUUCUCAAGACUAUUCCCAAGACUAUUCCCAAGACUACUCUGAAGAUUACUCUCAAGACCAUUCCCAAGGCUAUUUCUAAGACUAUUUCCAAGACUAUUCCCAAGACUAUUCCGAAGAUUACUCUCAAAACCAUUCCCAAGGCUAUUCCCAAGGCUAUUCCCAAGACUAUUUCCAAGACUAUUCUCAAGAUUCAUAUUCGCAGGAUUCGUAUCCUCAAGAUUC